AUGGACGGCCCAGUCCCUCCUCAGACGGGAGAGAUGGAGAACGGCGCGGCGGCGGUCGCGCAGGCCCCAGGGGGGCAGCGCCCCGUGGGUCACAUGGCGCCGCAGGUUGAGAUCAAGUUGUUCGUCGGGCGCGUGCCGCAGUCCAUGGAAGACGCCGCGCUGCGCCCGAUCUUCGAGGAGUUCGGCGAAGUCAAGGAGGCCGUGAUCAUCCGAGACAAGGCGACCGGCAAGCACAAGAACAGCGCAUUCGUGAAAAUGGGUUCGAUUGCUGCUGCGGACGCGGCGAUUCGCGGGUUGAACAGCACGCGCAUCCUGGAGCAGAGCAUGGGUCCGAUCACGGUAAAGUAUGCGACCGGCGAGGCAGAGAAGCUCGGCUUCGCGACGUCGUCGUGCGAGCCCGGGCAGGAUCAAGCCAAGCUGUUCAUCGGCUCCAUCCCGCGCACGAUGACUGAGGACGAAGUGCGCCAGUUCUUCUCGACGUACGGCACCGUCGAGGAGGUCUUCGUGAUGAAGGACAACGUGCAAAACACCGGGAAGGGGUGCUGCUUCGUGAAGUUUGCCUUCAAGGAGGAGGCGCUCCACGCCGUCCGCACUCUCAGCGGCAAGCACACCUUCGAUGGCUGCUCGCGCCCCGUCGAAGUCCGCUUUGCAGAAUCCAAGGCUGCGCGCCAGCAGCAGCUCAUGCACCAGCAAGGCAUGGGCGGCGGGCCUGGCAUGCGCGGCCCUGGCGGCGGUCGGAUGAACAUGGGCGGUGGGAACAUGAACAUGGCGCCGGCGAUGGGGAUGAACCAGAUGAGCGGUGCGGUGAACAAUAACAGCAAUCCACGCGCGGCGGGUCAGUGGAAAGAGUACUUCACGCAGGACGGUCGCCCGUAUUACCAUAACGAGUAUACGAACGUGACGACGUGGGAUCGCCCCCAGGAGUUCUAUCAACUCCCCCCGGCUCCGCCCCACAUGGGCGGCGCCGGUGGCGCGGGUGCGGCGGGCAUGAACGCCGGCGGCGCGAACGGCGGCAACGCCGAGGGCCCCCCGGGCGCCAACAUCUUUGUCUUCCACGUCCCCAACGAGUGGACAUACUACGAUUUGAUGCAGAACUUUGGCGGGUUCGGAAACGUCGUCUCGGCGCGCGUCGCGACCGACCGCACCACCGGCCGCAACCGCGGCUUCGCCUUCGUCUCCUACGACAACGUCGAGUCCGCCGCGACUGCGGUGAACAACAUGAACGGCUUCAUGGCUGGCGGCAAGCGCCUCAAGGUAUCUGUGAAAAAGGGCGAGGAGCAGUACGUCCAGCACCUGCUGCAGCCGCAAAACAACCCGCAGGGCCCGCGCGGAGGCGCAGGUGGCGCCGGCAUGCAGCAGCAGUGGGGCAGUGGCGGAGGCAGCUACGGCCAGGGCGGCGUGUACGGAGGCGCGAGCGGCGGACAGCAGCGCUUCACUCCGUACUAG